CUCUCUCUCUCUCACACACACACAUAAACAAACUUCGAAGAUCCAGGGUGCAGUGCAGGCUGAAGUUUCAUCUUUCGAUCACUUUAAUGGAGAAAGGAAAAGGAGUGGCCUUUGUUCGGAAAUGGGCUAUUGAUUUCACCGACAGCUCCAAUACUCCUUCCUCCCGCGACAUCCCUGAUCCUCCUGGUUUUUCCCGUGUUUCUAUUGAACAGGACGAUUCAUCACUUAGUCGCCAAAAGAAGGAUGCAGAGUCCAGUUGGAAGCUACAGAAAGCAUGGGAAGUGGCUCAGGCUCCUUUUAAGAAUUUGAUGAUGAUGGGUUUUAUGAUGUGGAUGGCUGGUAAUACAGUACAUUUGUUUAGCAUUGGUAUUACAUUUUCAGCUCUUUGGCAGCCUAUAAGUGCUCUUCAAGGGGUCGGAAAAGUUUUUGAGCCUUACAAGGACAAAAAAGUUGAUCUUCUUGGACCAAAAUUAUUGUUCAUUGCCCUCAAUUUAGGAGGCUUAGCACUUGGAGUAUGGAAGCUAAAUAGCUUGGGCCUUCUCCCAACACAUGCAUCAGACUGGGUUUCUUCCUUGCCCCCUGCUCAGGAGGUUGAAUACUCGGGUGGGGGCAUACCCCUUUGAGGAGCUCUUACUCAACUAAGGUUAUAGGUAACUUCAUUUGGAAACACAGUUUCUGCUAGAUUUCUCGAAUUCAUAUGGAAUCACAUUUAAAAAUUGAACUUAGUUUCGCAGAAAUUCAUUACUCCUGUGGGAUUAGUAUGUUUUGCUUAUUCCCCUCUAUCAAAAUUCUUGUUUGGAGUUAAUGAUAUCUUUUAUUCAGUUCAACAUAUUGUUCUUUUCCCA